AAUAUUGUGAAGUUUUGAAAUACAACGUUUGUUUUGAAUUGUAAUAAUUAAGAAUAAAAUAAAAUUACUCUGAAUAUUCUAGCACUGUGUUUGUUAUUGUGCAUUUGAAAAUUAAGAUAUAAGAUGUAUUCAACAAGAUAUGUUCCUGGUCAGCAAUCAACAAGUCGCAAAUCAAGAUUGGAAGGCAAACCGUCAUUGUUACCAAAACCGCGGCGGACUGGUUCGACGGAGCCCGAGAUACGCCGACCUAGUGGAGCGGGCCAUCGUUCCAGCAGUGCGGAGCCGCCUAGAGCUACACUUGGUGGUCGUCUAAGCAGAGAACCUUCGGCUACAAACUUACCUCCGAUUAGUUCAAGGUCUAAAUCUCAACAAAGUGAAAUGAGAUAUGGAGCGAGUCACUACAUGUCAACACCAUUGCACUCAAAUCAUAAUGCACGUUCAACUAACACACCUUUGGAAUUCCGUUUACCGACAAGUGAAUUAAAACAUGGAGUGACACCAUUACGGUAUAGUCACAAUUUGACUACAACACCCAGGAGAACAGUAGGAGAUGAGUCCUCAGGCCGCAGCUGGGAGCAAGCAUUAGAUCGUGUCUUGGCAUUUGUCACUGUAAAAGAUCAGAGGCCGCUGUCAAAUGCAGGAUGGCAGCGGGCGGCUGCGGCGCGUGUUGGCGAAGCCCUAGCUUUGCGAGCGUCGGAGGGAGGCAAAGCACUGGCACUCCUGCGGCCGCUUACAAUCGCUCGCUUCGUGGAUAUAGUUGCUGAUUUGCUCGGAUCGCUCUACAACAACCCCACACUCAACACCGACAACUAUGUCACUAAGUUGCCGCACAUAACUAAGCGGUUGUUGUACCCGGGAACUGUGUCCAAAUCAUGGCUGCGUACUGUCAACACUCUGCACGCCUUCCCUCAUGCAUUAGCUCUGAUCGCCUAUCUCCUAGACCUCAUACACUUCUGUGAAAGUCCAAUAGAGGAAGAGUUGAUAUAUUUAGCUAAAGAUGAUUUCGCCCGACUUAAACAAGAUUUUAUUUUCCGCAGCUGGCAAAGGUUCCAGAUGCCAGAGUAUCAAUUUGAUGACUUAUCCCAGGAAUAUUUGCAGAAUCUUAAAACUCUACUCGGUAAUGAUGAUGAGAAAAUUCAAGAGUUAGAAAAUAAAGUGAAGAAACAAGAGAGUGAGUUAGAGGAUGAAGCGGAGGCUGCAGCUCGGGCAGAUGUGUGCCGGCGUGAGGAGAGACUGAGUGCAUUGCUCUCCGCAGUGCGUGCAGAGAGAGCAGCAUCCCUGCACGAUACCAACCUCACAGAUGACGCACGCGCAGCGAGACAACGUCUACUGGGAGCACUCGGAGACAUUGAUGCUGAGGUGGAACGCGCACAUGUGGAGAGCCAGCGUCUGUGUGAGGAGGUGUCAGCUCAGAGCAUGUCUGUGUCUGAGAGAGCACAGCUUCUGGAGCAGGUCGACUACGCAUUCCGCGUACACGACUCUAAGACAGCACUCGCAGAACACAUCUCUAAGAUGCUGUUAAGCAAGGAGACGGAGCUGGCAGGAUGGCAGAAGCGUACCCUGGACAGCUGUGUGCAGUACAAGCAGGCGUUGAUACAUCUCGCACCACAUUGUCCCGACCUCGCUUCAUACAAUAUAGAUGAGAAUGAGCUGAUGAAUGCUUCGUGUGCUGAGAAGAUAUCCUCGUGUGUGGUUGUGUUGAAGAAGCGCGUGUCGGAGCUCGGCCGAGAGCGAGCUCAGCGCACAGCCGCGCGCGCAGCUAACAAACGACAUGCACAGAGACAACUGGAAUUAACUCGGGUUAAGAUAGAGGAGCUGAACGCACAGAUAGAGUGUGAGCAGGCCGCACUGGAGGAGGAGAUGGAGAGAGAGAAGGCGGAGGCUGCGAGGUCUGCGGCCGAGCUGGCGGCGGUGCGGGAGCAGAUAGCGGGGCUGCAGACUGCGCAGGCGCAGCACAAACACCUCGAUACUGAGCUGGAGUUCUGGCAGCAACAGGAUGUUGAAUGGCGCAGCAAGUUGUCAUCGCUGCAAGAGUACGUGGUGAACAAACGCACGGAGGUUCAGCAAACGCUGACGGAGGCGACAAACCGCCGCGUUCAGCUUCUGCUUCACAACAUACGACUGCUGAACGAGAAACUGCCCAACUGAGAACACUUGAGGUCGUGUUAUU